GUCCGGUCCGUCUCGUCUUCUUGUGUUUUCUCUCUUUGUAGAUUGUGUUUGUGAAUUUGAUAUAAUAAAAAAACAUUCAUUUUGUUAGCAAGUACUGUUGCAGUACAAAUCUAAAUAUAAGUUUGAGAAUUGGUACACUAAUAAUUAAAGUAUAAUCCGAGGAUGGAAGGGUUUAUCGAAGUUAAUGAAAUAUCGGAUUUUGUUUCCUACAUUCGAAGUAUUGAAUGGAGGGAUCCAUGGCUGAUGGCGCUGCUGUCCUUCCACGCACUUGUGACCAUCAUGUGUUUCUCUACGAGGAACUACGGCAACUUUCAAGUUAUAUUAUUUAUAACACUUUUAUUACUGGUGUACUUCUCGGAGAAUAUAAACGAGGUGGCCGCGCGGAAUUGGACUCUAUUCUCUAGGCAACAGUACUUCGAUAGCAAAGGCCUGUUCAUAUCGGUCGUAUUCUCCAUUCCUAUACUGCUCAACUGCAUGAUUAUGGUGGGAUCAUGGCUGUACCAGUCGACGCAACUGAUGACCAACCUGAAGAAGGCUCAGCUUCGACAGCGGCUCAAAGAAAUGGACCAACAGCAAAGAAAACUGCUGAAGGCCGAGUAAAUGUGAUGUACACCGAGUCAAUUAUUAUUGUUAUGUAAAUUUAAAUGUAAAAAUUUUCUGACGGCGUUUGCGCAUGACGCGCGUAACAAAAGAAUGCGAUUCAUGACGUCAUCAACAUCUUUUGGGUUGGUUUCAUGGGUGUAGAAAAUGUACAAAUUCUAAUAAGCCUGAAGUUUGUCUGCGGGUAGAUUGAUACGUGCCAUUAGAUCACAAAACGGGGUGCCUUGAGUACGUGUUGUAGUCGUGUGGUAAAUGCGCUAUUUCUAGCACAUUCUAGGCGUUAUAUAGAAAGGCAUAGUCUGUGCUGAUUUGCCUUUGUAAAAUUACAUUUUGCAACAGUGAUCGAUCGAAUCGAAAUUAGAUUAAUAGCGGUAUCAAAUACAAGAAUUGACCUGCAAUGACGUGAUUGGAUAAGUAUAUUGCAAUUGGUAUGAGUCAGAUUAUAACAUGAGUAAAUAAUCUAUAUGUGUUCUCUAAAGUUAUAACUAAUUGCCAGGCGACACUUCACGAUUGAUGAUAUAAUGAAGAAUGCCAUGUUAUUAUUUUAUAACCUGAAUUUACUGCCGCACUUAAGUUACAGUUAUAACUAGGCAUAUAUAAGACAUCAUAAUAACUCCGCAUUUGAACAUAAAUUAACUAUCCAUAAGGUAGUGAACUUGUGUACUUAAAUAGUACUUACAUAAAUGUUUUUUCUCUUUUUCUUACGAAACAAAAACCAAGAUUGCGUUCAUGGCUACGAUAAUCAAAUAUACUUACAUGUUUUUCUUAAUUUUUAUAAGUAUACUUACUUAUUUUUCCACAGGUUUUAAGAUAACUUAUAAGAUUUUCGUAACUAAUUUGACAGUUCAACGAAAUGCUUAUGAAUCUUAUGAUUAUGAAUAUUAUAUUAGCUGUCUAAUAUUUUAGAGUAGUGUGAGACACAUAGAUAGUUUUGUGAUACUGAUGGUGCAAUCGAGAAUUAUGAGUUACGGGGUUUGGAGGUUAAAAUAUCGCUAAUAUUAAUAUUAAUGACGUUAAAAUAUCACUGGGGUUGAAAAUGUAUGAAAACCCUCUUGUUUAAACACUCUCACAAAAGUUACGUAAAUAUGGGGUUAUUGACAAGUGAAAAAAUAUAUAUUUGAUUGGCAGUUAUUCCAUAUAUGUUUUAUCUCGUAACAAGUGGGCCACUCUAUCGUCAAGUCCCAUUACUACGUAAACUGAUUUUGAAUGAUAAAAAUAUGUAUGGAACAUAGGCUGUUAUCUGACGAUACUAACGCCCUCUGUAAACCGUUUAUUGCAUAGGCAAUGUGCGAUAAAAAAAACCUCCAAGCUCCAUAAUAUGUAAUAAAAUUGAAUAUAUAUUGUACAAAGUAUAUUCACCAGAUUAAGUUUAGAUUUUAUUAAAGAUCUUAAGUAA